CGUCUUUCAAACCUUUCGAUUUCGUUCAAUUGCGGUCGAGAUCGAUCUCCUAAGGUAACUCCUAGGGAACCUCGCCCGGGUAACCUAAGUGUGAAACAGCACAAACAGAGGAUGUUGGUGCUGAAUCACAAUGAUGCGCAUUAUUGGGAAGAUGUUUUCUUCCUCUCAGGCGCAGCCUGUGAAGGAUGAAACCGAAAGCGAUCAACUCGAUCAAGAUAAAGACGAGUCGGCGAGCCAACUCGACAGCACAUACAGCAGGAGAGAAGAGCUUAAUGGCGAGCCGCACAAUCAAGACGACCAAGACAUACUCCCAGAAGUUAAGGGUUCUACAAUUAACAGUAUUCGGGAGAAGAAAGAUAAAGUCGAGGCGAAGGGGAAGGUAAAGCGGGGUAAGGCAGGUGGCAAGUCUAAGGCUAAGAACGCACCUGCACAAAAAUCACAAGUUCAAGAGGAGCUACUUCAGGAGCUUGGUGAGGAGCCCGAGGAUCUUGGAGUAGAGGGACUCGGAAAGCUAGAUGGCCCCGCUACAGUCAAUGGCAUCCGAAAGGAAGAGCGAAAGAGUAAAGGGAAAAGCACGGAGCAUGCGACCGGUAUUCGAAGAUCAACGCGCAAGCAAACUCCAGCACCCGAAGACAGCGAAAGCGACUUUGCCCCAGCCAAGCGGAGAUCUUCCCGAAAUACGACACCUGCGGCUGAGACAGCACUCUCGGAGGUUGGUAGGGAAAGUAAUUCUGGAGCUCCACUUAGCCGUCAAACACGUUCUGGAAGCGCCUUGAAUACUAGCGAAUCUGCCGCAGAAGAGCAGAUAUCCAAAGUUAUUCCGCCCAAGACUAAACAACCCAGAAAGAUUAAUGGAACGAAGCCCACAAAUCGCAAGAAGAAGGGCGCACCACUGCCAGAGAUUGUGGAAGAUCUUGUUGAAGACAAUGAUGUUAGCAUGGAGGACUUGAUCAAGCAAAGCAGACUGUCCAAAAGUGCUACUGCUACUGCUGCAAAAAAGCAGUCUAAGCCCAGAGGAAAGAAAGUCAUCAAGUCUCCCCUCACUGUUGAGGACACACAAGAAGAUGUUAUCUCUGGAGAGCUAGAAAAUUUGCCCGAAAAAAUCGAAAACGCGAAGCCAGAACCCAAGACAUCCACAGCUACCCGACGAUUUCUAGACGAGCUUGCUGGAGAUGAUGACGACCCAGCAGCCGCUUUGCAUCAGCCACUUACUUCUGCCCUAGCCCGCGGAAAUAUAUCACAUGCAGGUAAAGAGAACUUAGACAUCGACGCACAGAUACAAAGCGAUGCAUGGUCCUCGGUACCGCAUGCGGCGAUGGCUUCGCUUGCUCCGGAUGAGGAGGAAGAGAAUGCCAACACUCCCAAGCGACCGUCAAAGAAGGCCUUGGGUAAGCGAAAAGCUUCGGAUGCUGUUCCCAACCCACGAAAGAGACAAAGAAAGGGUAAGAACGAAAACGCAGGAACGCCGCCACUCACGAACUUCGGAUUUACAAAUAAAUUAGACGUAGUCGAAGCCGAAGAAAGCAACGAGGCAGCUCCACAUGGUACCGAUGAGGACGAGGAAGGUUCAGGCGCAGUUGCGGGGAGAUUAGUGCAAGAACCGUUGAAGGAUGACACUACAGGAGAACCAGAAUCUCAAGCUAGUCAAACAACACCUAGCGGACGUCGGCCUACACCUGCAUUUACACCCAUAAACCGGACAAAAACCUUGCCACCCUCCAAAACACCAGUCAUGACACCAAGUCGGGUACAAGUCGUAAUUCCCGCUCGCAAGUCCCCCAAGGUUACUCCAGCGAGCCAUCCAAACCAUGAUUCUGCGUCAGACUCGGGAAGUGAGUUUGAACCGGAUGUACCCGAAGUUCAUAUAUCCAGCGAGAAGAGGAAGCGCCGCCUUCCUACAGAUGAGCCUACAUCCUCGAAGUUACCACCUAGAACCCCCAAGAGCGGCAGGGCCCCAAGGCAGGUACCCAAGCGAAGCGCGAUGUCUAAGACACCAAAAAGCGAAUCUACUGGUCGACCAGCUGCCUUUGCAACCGCAAAUAGACGCUUCAACGAUGAGGAGAUGGCAGAACUCGCACAACAUGUUGGAUCCUGGCGAGAAGAGAACGAGAUGACACAGCACACCCUAAACGACAAGAUCCAGGCGGGAAUCAAGGAUGAUGCAAAGCAUCUUGUGGACUACAUCUGCGACCAGAUGCCCAGCAUUCCCAGAGUAAAAAUCAUCACUACCUUACGGAGAAAUUAUCACAACUGGGAGUCUCGCGGCAAAUGGACCAAAGAGCAGGACGAAGAACUGAAGAGAUUAUAUGAGGUUCACAAGUCGGACCCUGCGAAAUGGAGAAAGAUUGGAGCCAUGAUGAACAAAUAUAAUGAGGACGUCCGUGAUCGUUGGCGCGACUAUGUUGUUUGUGGCGACAAAAUGAAAGAAGGUGCGUGGGGGAAGGACGAGGAAGAGAGGCUGAAGACCCUCGUUCAAGAGGUCUUGGAAGACACCCGCGAGCGUAAGCAAGCCUCUCUCAACCCUCGUAAACGAGCAAACGCCAAUCAGCCAUCGAUCGAUUGGUUGGUGAUCUCGGAGAAGAUGGGCUAUACAAGAAGCCGCCUCCAAUGCCAGCAAAAAUGGAGUGCACUCAAAGACCGUCAGAGCACUGUCAUCGCUGAUCCAGUAGCGACUGCUCCAAUCUCAGAAACGGAAUGGCGCGUCGGAGAAGCAAGCAAGGACGCACGUGCUAUGAGCGCAGACAAGAAGCUCCGACUCCUGUACGCGAUCCGUGACAGUGGUGCUGGACAAGAGGGUAAGAUACCUUGGGUAUUGAUACAGCGUGAUGACUUUUAUACCAAAGGCGAGAGAAUGGCCCUAAAGGUAUGCUUUCGACGACUCAGACAGCAGGUGCCCAACCAAGAAAACAUGCAACUCCAGGCAGUCGUUGAGUUUCUCAUUGAGGCUUUCGAGACUGCUGCUCCUAACGAGCCUAACGGAUUUGACAUCAAAAAUGGGGCUGAGCCGAAGAGUGUGAAGAAAGGAGAAAAGCGUGACAGAGACGAAUCCGGUGAACCGUCGAUCACUAAGAAACGAAAGUCUACACCACGAAAGUUUAACGACCGAAACGGGAUCUUCCUCGAAGAUGAACCAGAGGAUGUGGCAGACAACGGGGAGGGUACAAGCACGGGCAGACUCAGUAUCGCGAAGGCCAAGAAACCUGGAUUAAUGCAGGAUUCCCUUCCCCGCAAGAAGACUAAGCUCCAUGAACGCAUGCGACAAACUGGUCAGAGCGAGAGUCAAGAGAGCGGCCCUAGCCGUCUGCAUCAACGCGAAAGCAGUGACGACAUUCUUUCGACUAUGCAAUCAAUGAAAACCGGCAAGCCUAAGGCCAAGCGUGUUGCGAAGAAGCCGCUGACACCGGCAAGAACAACUCAAGCCAAGGUAAUAACCAACCCACUUAGCACAGAGCGAGUGACGGAGAGCGAUGAUGCCGCCAGUGUUGAUCAUACAACUCAGCCAGAAGAGAAUUUGGAGCAAAAAUCUCGCCCUGAGCCAGAAUCGGACGCCGAAAACCUUGAACAGAAUCAAGGUGACGAUUCAGAUCAUGCCAAACCAGCGCUCGUAGCCAUGGACAUUGAUGUUGAUGCAGAAGAAGACAAUGACCAAUCUCCAGAAUUACAACCUGAAGACAAUUACCCUGAUCUUGGCGAAGCGCUCGACGAGAAUGGUGAACUGGACAUCGUUGCAUCGAGCGUUGAAGACGACGCACCCCUUGUGGAAGAUGGAGCCGACGAGUCAGAAAGUGACGAGGAAGAAGAUGGUCCUCCUGUCGGAUAUGAUGAUACGGAAGAUCAAUAUACCUUGCCGGCUCUUCCUCGACCGAGCACACAGUCAUCUCCUUCUGAAAGUUCUGACUCGGGGGACUCGGAGGACUCGGAGGAUGAGAGAGACCUUACAACACUGACUCAUGACAAAGCGUCGGUGGAUCUGGAUAACACUCAAGACCCCAUUGAUGAGGAUGAGCCCGAAAAUCUUGACGGAAGCCUGCAGCCUGAGAAUGAACCCAGGGUCAACGGCAUCCACAGCGAUCACCACGACAGAGAGACCUCAGAUCCACAGCCCCCUCCUGAUGUGCCAGAGCAGCGAGGUUUUGAACCAGGUACUCAAGGACUAAGAUCCAGCUGGGAUGGAUAUGGUGACGCUCUUCAGUACAAUCGUGACCUGUCUCGAGACAGUCAAGUCGCGUCUGUUCCUGGUCGUAACGUUGCUGCAGCAACUUACUCAAUUUCGUCUCCGGCUUCGACUAUUCCACGAUUCGUCAUCUCUUCGGCGGCUAGAAAUGCCUCGAACGAGCAAAGCGAACAAGAGACUGAUUCGGCUCAAUCUGACAGCGAGGUGGAGGAAGAAGAUGAGGAACCGAUAGUAGAACACUAUGCGGAGGAUGACAUCGAUGAGGACUACCAGGAAGUACAACAACAUCGCCGCAAGAGCAGAUCAUCAGCACGCCAAGAAAGCCUUGAGCUAUGACCUCCUACAGUCUGAUAUGAGAGAUGGACAGCGGAUGUAGAAUAUUAAUGAGCGCAAGACAUAUUUGCAAGCGAGGGGAGGCUUGUUUCCAGAGCGGCAGCGCCUACAGGCAGCUUGGUCUCAGAAAAUUUCUUUGCUCUUUUACGAAGGAGGUGCAUUACUCGGCGUCGGUCAACCAUUGCUGGCGUUAUUUUUAAGGGGAUGGGAUGAACAAAAGUGAGCCUUGGCGUUGGGACGACCGUCUACGAGAUGUAGCGGUACUGUAAUGAAU